UUUCACGGGAGUCGGAGGGUGCUGGGAUCGGGAGCGCGGGCUACCGAAGUUUGUCAUGAACUAACUUAUCAUCAUUUAACGAUCGCUCGUCGUUUGUGUUCAGCGACGCCCCGCCUUAGGGUUUAAGCUUCCCCCCCUUCUCCCUCGGGAUCUCAAGUCCUCCAUCACCCAAUCAAAUAUGUACUAGCCUUUGCGCAGUCAGGAGUUCAUCGCCAUCUGACCGUUUGAGUCUCGUGCCACUGUUCUCCUGCCAAAACCUUCAAUUUCUUGGCUGCUGUGCGCGGGCUGUAUCUCUCGUCGUGAGAGGGACAAGAGAGAGUGAGGAUCUAUCAGGUCGGUUGUCGGAGGUUUUGUGUGUGGCAUUACGGUGCGGGAGCAGAGGAUCUUGAAAGCUGUGGUGUGGUUUUGUAGGGUUAGCAGUGGUGGAUAAGUGCUGGAACGGCGCUUGUCUCUUUUUUUAAUUUUUACUUUUUUUAUUCUUCCAUUUCAGUGAGUUUCCUAGUGGUUUGGUGCUCUAUCAAGUAACUACGACAGAAGGGGGAGCAGGGUUAGUCGUUGGUCUCCCUCCUUGCGCGGGGGAGCGGAGGAACGGUGUGCACUAUGGCAGAGAAGCUCCUGGAUUUCACCCAGCCCUUUGACGUCGGUCUUCUCGAUGCUACCGUCGCAGCGUUUUAUGGAACAGGUUCGAAAGAAGAGAGAGCUGCUGCCGAGAGGGUAUUGAGGCAGCUACAAGAGCAUCCGGAUACGUGGACCCGAGUUGUAACAAUACUUCAGAACUCUUCCAUUCCAAAUUCCAAGUUCUAUGCUCUUCAGGUUCUAGAGGGAGUUAUUAAAUAUCGAUGGAACGCCCUACCUGUAGAGCAACGGGAUGGCAUUAAAAACUACAUAUCGGACCUUAUUGUGCAGCUCUCAAGCAACGAAGCGUCGUUUCGGACAGAGCGGUUGUACGUGAACAAAUUGAAUAUUAUUCUUGUUCAGGUCUUGAAGCAUGAGUGGCCUGCGCGAUGGCCAGGAUUUAUUCCGGAUCUCGUGUCGGCUGCUAAAAGCAGCGAGACUCUUUGUGAAAAUUGCAUGGUUAUAUUGAAGCUCCUCAGCGAAGAGGUAUUCGAUUUUUCACGAGGAGAGUUGACUCAAAGUAAGAUCAAAGAAUUAAAGAAUUCUUUAAACAGUGAAUUUCAGCUCAUUCAUGAAUUGUGUCAAUACGUUUUGUCAAUGUCUCAACGCCCUGAACUUAUCCGAGCAACACUGGCUACUCUACAUGCUUUUCUAUCCUGGAUUCCACUUGGUUACAUAUUUGAAUCAGCGUUGCUGGAGACUUUAUUGAAGCUCUUUCCUGUCGCUGGUUAUCGCAAUUUGGCUUUGCAAUGUCUGACUGAGGUUGCUGUCCUCAGUUUUGGAGAUUUCUACGACGCGCAAUUCGUGAAACUUUACACCAUUUUUACGGCGCAGCUCCAGAUGAUUCUUCCACCAGGUACCAAUGUCCCAGAGUCGUAUGGGAACGGCACGGAUGAGGACCAGGCCUUUAUACAGAAUCUGGCAAUGUUUUUCACCGCAUUUUUCAAGUCGCACAUUGGGGUGUUGGAGUCCAAUCAAGAGAAUCAAACUGCUUUGUUGAUGGGAUUGGAGUACUUGAUCGGAAUUUCAUAUGUUGAUGAUACAGAGGUCUUUAAGGUUUGCCUGGACUACUGGAAUUCCCUCGUAUGUGACCUUUUCCAGUCAGAAUGCAAUAUGGAAACUCCUGCCUCGUCUAGUCCACUUGGCCUUCAGUUGAAUGGGAUGGGGGCGCAGCUUUCUCGUCGUAAGCAGUUGUACUCGGGACCUUUGUCGAAGUUGAGAUUGCUUAUGAUCAGUCGCAUGGCCAAGCCCGAGGAAGUUUUGAUAGUAGAAGAUGAAAAUGGCAAUAUCGUCCGCGAGACUAUGAAAGACAACGAUGUCCUUGUACAGUAUAAGAUUAUGAGGGAGACUUUGAUUUAUUUGUCUCAUUUGGACCACGAAGAUACAGAGCAGCAGAUGCUUAAGAAGCUGAACAAGCAAUUGAAUGGUGAGGAGUGGGCUUGGAAUAAUUUGAACACACUCUGCUGGGCUAUUGGUUCCAUAUCAGGCUCCAUGGUUGAAGACCAGGAAAAUCGUUUUCUCGUCACCGUGAUUCGAGACCUCCUUAAUCUAUGUGAGAUCACGAAGGGCAAGGACAACAAGGCGGUGAUUGCUAGCAAUAUCAUGUAUGUUGUGGGCCAGUAUCCUCGGUUUUUGAGGGCCCAUUGGAAGUUUCUGAAGACUGUGGUCAAUAAGCUCUUCGAGUUCAUGCAUGAAACCCAUCCUGGUGUACAGGAUAUGGCUUGUGAUACAUUUUUGAAGAUAGUUCAAAAAUGUAGAAGGAAAUUUGUCAUUCUUCAGGUUGGGGAGACAGAGCCUUUUGUGUGUGAGCUUCUGAAGGGUUUGCCUACUACCAUUUUGGAUCUGGAAGCCCAUCAAAUUCACACUUUUUAUGAAGCUGUUGGAUUCAUGAUACAAGCUGAAUCGGACCCUCAAAGACGGGAUGAGUACUUGCAAAAGCUUAUGGAACUUCCGAACCAGAGAUGGGUAGAGAUCAUCAAUCAAGCCCGUCAAAGUGUCGAGUAUUUAAAAUCAACAGAAGUUGUACGAGCUGUACUUAAUAUUCUUCAGUUAAACACCAGUGUUGCUAGCGCCCUUGGUCAGUCCUUCCUAGCUCAGAUAUCGUUGAUCUACUUGGAUAUGCUGAAUGUCUAUAGAAUGUAUAGUGAGCUCAUAUCAAGUAGCAUUGCUGAGGGAGGACCUUAUGCAUCCAGGACCUCAUUUGUCAAGCUUCUCAGGUCUGUGAAGCGGGAAACCUUGAAAUUGAUCGAAACCUUUGUGGAUAAAGCAGAAGAUGCCGAACUGAUUGCAAAGAACUUUGUGCCAGCCAUGAUGGAUCCCAUCCUGGGUGAUUAUGCUCGUAAUGUGUCUGACGCACGUGAAUCUGAAGUUCUCUCUCUGUUCGCCACUAUUAUUAACAAAUUGAAAAGCGUCAUGAUGGAUGAUGUACCGCGAAUCUUCGAAGCUGUUUUUGCAUGCACUCUUGAGAUGAUAACUAAAAACUUUGAGGACUACCCAGAGCAUCGUCUGAAGUUCUUCUCCUUGUUACGGGCAAUUGCAAGCCACUGUUUCCGUGCGCUUUUCACUUUAUCGAGUCAACAACUGAAACUAGUAAUGGAUUCGAUCAUCUGGGCAUUCCGUCACACGGAGCGUAAUGUUGCAGAAACUGGCCUUAACCUUCUCCUUGAAAUGCUUACGAAUUUCCAAGCGUCAGAGUUCUGCAACCAGUUCCAUCAGACCUAUUUUCUCACUAUUGAGCAAGAAGUAUUUGCAGUCUUGACCGACACCUUCCACAAGCCUGGAUUCAAACUACAUGUCUUGAUUCUACAACACUUAUUUUGCCUGGUUGACUCAUCGACUCUCACACAACCGCUCUGGGACGCAGCAACAUUAGGUCCAGCAGCUUUUCCCAGUAAUACGGAAUUCGUUCGGGAUUACACUAUCAAGCUUUUGGGAACGUCAUUUCCCAACAUGACUCUUGUCGAGGUAACGACAUUCGUGAACGGACUUUUUGAAACCCGAAGUGAUUUGGGAGCUUUCAAAAACCAACUCCGUGACUUUUUGAUUCAAUCCAAGGAGUUCUCGGCCCAGGACAAUAAGGAUCUGUAUGCCGAAGAAGCUGCUGUACAAAGAGAAGCAGAAAGGAGGCGAAUGCUCAGCAUUCCUGGACUUAUAGCUCCAAUUGAAAUCCAAGAUGAAAUGAUUGAUACUUAGGCGCAUACUUUGAUGACCUCGAGACUUUUUAUUCAAGUUUCAGUUCAACUAUGCCUCGUGAAACAGUGAUGGAGCAUGUGUCAGCUUCAACUGCUUUAAUUUUUGUUUAGCCGUGAAACUGUUCAGAACGUUUUGACUGCUGUAGGUUGGCACGGUUGGCUUUCGUGAUCUCAGGAAUCAAUUAAUGCAUGGUGGCAUUUUAAGAGGUGGAGGAUAAUCCUGGCCAGGUUGAAAAUACCACUGAUCUAGAGAAGACCAUACACAUCAACUGUAGCUGAUGCGCUUUUGUGGACUCCAGAGAUGAGAGUAUCAAACUCUCUGCUAGUUUAAGGGUGGGACAAGUGUAGAGAUUUGAGUCCCUUGAGGCAGCCGUAUUCUACUUGUGAUUCCUCUGGGCAGAGAGAUUUUUGGUGAAGGCACUGGUGCCGGUUUGGGCGAGUGUGCCUUAGUAUAACCACAACUGCACUUACAUCUCAUCUGUGUCCUCAUUGGUUGAAGUAGGGCUGUCUUCUGUUUAAUUUAGCUGGCUACCUGCACAGUACAGACAACCUACACUUUUACGUGUGUGGGCAGAACAUUUUAAUGAAAAUUAGUCACUAUUCGUUCCCAUUCAAAAUGCAGCGACAUGUUAAUAAAAUGUUCUGAAAGAUACGAGUAUAUUCAUGCA